CGGAGAGAAAAGUUCUGCCUCACACUUCUCCUCACCUUGGACAUGGUUUACGGUUCUACUGUACUCGUCUCUGUACCGAGGGAUAACUCGGUGGAUAUUUCGGUAUGGGACGGUUCGGCAUUAAAGCAUGUUUACAUGUUUUGCUCCUUCAACCGUUAUAGAGCUCGAGCAUAUUAAAACCCUGACUAAAGUGGCGCAUUUAUAAUUGUUUCUAAUGGCCGCUGACUGCUCUCAAGAGGCAAUUUUGGACUUUCUCACAGAGAAAGGGGGCAAAGUGAAAAACACGGAUUUAAUUGAGCGGUUUAAGGCCGUAUUCCCGGAGGAACCGGAGAAGAAAGCGGCCGUCCGUAACACAUUCAAAAGCUACGUUGACAACGUAGCUUUUGUAAAAACCGAGAGUGGAGUUAAAUAUGUCUGCCUGAAGAAAAAGUUUCGCACUGCGGUUAAAGAGAGGCAUAACUCGAGUGUCAGCAACGGGACAGAAAGGGAACCAGAGCCAGCUUACGGUGAAGAGAAGCGGGUGCGCCGUUAUCCCGGAGGUGCAGACCGAGCACACUGCGGCCAGAUUAGCGGUGAUGACGCAGUGGAGGAUCCGGUCCAGCCUCGUGCCGCAGGCGCUGAGCUGCAACAACAAACACCUGGCUCAGGUUACGGAAAUGACAGCCAGGUGAGAGUUCCGCAUGCUUUCACUCCCGCAACAACUUUACCGGACAAAACAGACGACAAAAGUACGUGUCAUGAGUUUGUUUGUUUAGCUGAGGAAGCGGGCAGGGGCUCUGGUGAGAUGGGGAACAGGGGAAGCUUUCGGAGAGACAGGAGGGAGUCCAAGAAGGAGCAUGUUGGGAAAGUGCCUAAGAUACCAGAAAUUGCAGUCAUUGAAGCGUCUCCUCUCCCUGCUGAGGGAUCCAUGUUCACCCUGCCUGGGCCUGCACAAACUGGUACUACAGGACAGGUAGACAGAUCUACUGCUGGACCCGAUCCCAGAGACAGACCGGUUGACACUGAGUCACCAGAAGGCCUGAAGGAAGAGCAGAUUAAUGUGGUGACUAGACGGCGAAACUCAAAAGGAUCCCAGCGCAGAGCCAGGCAGCCACAGCCAGACCACGGGGAGGAUGACGAAGGGCGGUUGGAUGCACAGAGUUUGUCUGGGAGCGAAGAAAACAGCUCCCCGAAAGGCAGCCGUCGACACUUCAUCGAGCUCAUGCUGAACAGUUCCCCACAGGUGAGGCGUAGCAUGGUGUUGCGCAACUCGGUUUGCCUAUCCAGGAGCGACAGUGACUCACUCUCCUUGGUGUCCUCCAACCUGGAUGACGACAGGGCCUCCGUCACUCUGGACCCGCUGGAACACGAAUGGAUGAUGUGUUCUUCUGACGGGGAGUGGGGCAGCUUGUACUGUCUCCUCGCCACAGAGCCCAGCCUCAUCCUGAGGAAGGAUUUCGUCACUGGUUUCACCUGCCUGCACUGGGCGGCCAAGCAUGGCAAGCCCGAGCUGAUAGCACUGAUUAUCAACUUUGCCAAGCAGCAAAAUAUUCCCAUCAGUGUUGACGUUCGGUCCAACACUGGCUACACGCCGCUGCACAUCGCCGCCAUGCACAACCACAUGGAGGUGGUGAAGCUCCUGGUGGGCGCCUACAACGCGGACGUAGAGAUCAGAGACUACAGCGGGAGGAAGGCCUGCCAGUACCUCACCGACAACGUGAGCGUGGACAUACGGGACAUCAUAGGAGCGUACGAGCGCUCUGACUCCGAGAACGUGGACCGCAAGGACAGGCGCAGCUGGAGGUUCUCCAAGGUUCUCCAGUCCAACCUGAAACCCCUCAGGCUCCUCAACCCCAACGACUGUGACUCUUUGGACGGGGAGGCUCGACCCAGAGAGAAACCCCGCAGGAGGAACUCUUCAUUCAGCAAGAUGAAGCCCAAACUGCAGAGGCUGCGCUUGAGGACGUCGCAGAUCGUCCACGGUACUUCGUUCGACCGAGAGGAGAAGGAAGAGUCUGCGAAGGGUUCCUUUAGGUCCAGACCUAAGACUCAUUUCUUUGGGUGAGAUCAAGACAGGAAAUGGUGUCGACAGUGGAAACUGCUGGGGUUCAAUAUUUGUGGGUUUUAUUUUAAUUGAGUACCGGGUAAUGCUGUGGAAGCACUCAAUUCUGAUUUAUUUCUCAGAUCAGAUUUCUUGGUUCCGUUGUUCACAUUAUAUAUGUAAUGUGGCCAAUAUCAGAUUCCAGUGUGAACAGUCCUGAAGUGAACCAAUAUUGAUCCAGAGUGACGUAAAAGUCACUGUUCACACCAAAAAAUCAGUCCUUGGAUGAAAGUGGCCCAGAUCAGAACUGAUAGGGCCGCUUCCGCCUGCAGUGUGAGACUCAACGUCUUCCCUUUAAAACGUAAUGAAUCUCUGAUAACAUUCACUCAUAUCUGAUGAUAUCUAUCAGCUAGGUUAGACAGGGUCCCUAAAUGUUUAAAGAUCCUCUCCGGUCAAACGUUAGACAUAUAUACAAACGGUCUGCUUGGAGUAGGAGUCGAUACCUUUUCAAGGAUGUUAAUUAAUGAAAUUAUACUUCUAUUUUGGAGCAAAAACAUAUCAGACAAACAUUAUUGGAAGUGGACUUUUUGUACAUUUAUGUCUGGAGGGGAUCUUUAAGUUAGUUUGAAGUGCAAACAGCAUACAAUCUAAUCUUUCUAUUCAUACUUUAAAUGAUAAGGCUGCAGUUAUUCUGUAGUUUUCUAUGUGUCAGUCCGUCUCUCAAUACCUCCUGACUCCUCUAGCUCAAAGCCCAUUGGUUCCUAUUCAAGCUUUUUCACUACAGACACAACACAGUAAGGCCAUUUUUGGCUCCAUCCAUGAUCUGCCUUAAAUGCACACUGCAUUACAGUAUUUAUCAGUUUGAAAAGAUUAGAUGCUCACACAUACAGUAGAUGGUGGCAUUGUGAUCUGACUGCAGGUCAGCCUGCCUCUCUUUAUCCGUCCACAGCUGACACUGAAGCCUCCUGACCUUGAGUCUGUAAUCGCUGUGUCACAAGAUUGUAGUGUGAGGCCACACCAGAGGCAGUAAGAAGAUCAUUUUACAUAUCAUACUUUCCAGGACCAGAGUUUUAGUCUGGUGACUCAGCAACGUUUGCGGGUGAAAUAAAGUUACAGACCUCCCCCCUGGAAAUAUGAAGCCAUCUGGGGAGGGCGAAGUCUAAGAAAGAAAGAAGAAAUCCUUUGGUUAAGGCUCUGAGGUUUAAAGAUGGUUUACUGAACUGGAAUGCAGCUGAAUGUACAAUAUUUUACAAGUUGUUUGGUGAAUGUAUUCAUGACAUAGUGGAUGGAAACCCUACUGGAAAACAACAACAUCAAAUGAGCACAAAAGGACAGUUUUAGAGCAUGGAAACACAGAAAGUUAUGAAGUGUUACAUCAGUGAGUCUGUGACACAGCAGGGUUUCAUUUAAUCCACAACAUGCUGCCUCAUGUCACAACUCACUGUACAAGUCAUGCAUGUUAAGGUUCUUAACUAGAUCCCAGUGGAGAUGAAUGGCUUACAUUUCUGGGAACACUUCAACAAUGGUAAAUUUCCAUGAUGUCAUAUAUGUCCAGUGAUCAUCUCGCUUUUUAAAAUCCAUCCAUUACUUCCUUGUGAGUAAACCAAGAUGGUCUCUCUGUUAUUAUGCAAGUUUAAACCUCAUAACAUUUUCAGUGUUUACUAGAAGCAUUUAUACUGCACUGUUCAUACUUUUCAUACUAUUCAUACACUAUUUUAAUUAAGGAUUUAAUAGCUAUUGCACACUUAAAACUGCUAACUAAUAUUUUCUCCAGUAUAAUUCAAUAGCUAAAUUGGCUAGUGGUUGAUAAUGCCAGUAUUGGUGUUAUGGUUACAACGGUAUGAGAUUUUCAUGGUACGAUAAGAGUCUCAGAAAAUAUCAGUUCCAUGGUAUAACAGUAUGCAGUAUUACACAAUUAUUAUUAUUCUUAUCAUCAUUUACAAUGACAAACCUUAAUAGACCCUAUAAUAAAAGAAUGGAAACCGAAGCUUUACAUUAAGUCCUUUUAUUUGUAUUUUAGUUCAGUGUAUUCCUGCCAAGUAUUUUUUUUAAAUAUUUUUUUAGUAUUUUGAUGGAUGAAAAGUUUGCAUGCAAAAUUUGCAUGGAUUAAUAAUAAAUAAAGUACAAUAUGAAUUAGUAGCAUUCCUCAUUAUCACAAUUUAGCUAAAUGAAAUUAAGAUAUAUUAAGUCAAAGAUGUGGCAUCUCACAAGCUAUAGUUGUAUAGAAUUAUGACUUACUAAGUCAUACUUGUGAAACACAGUCAGCAUUUUGAGAUACUCAUUUAAAAUCUAAUCUUUUUUCAAGGUGGCAUUAGGCUUCCGUACAUGAGCUUUCUGUUCAGGUGCGGACUUCCAUACGAAGUGGUGCUUAAAGAAAACACUUUUCCAACACAAUCUGCAGUUGGAACAUGUUGCAUAUAGUUUGCUGCACAUUCUCUGUUGUCUAUGCAUCUCCAAUUUACCUUACAUUUUCCUUGACUCAAUGGCACCUUCAAUCUUUUUUGCACAUUCUAACAAACUUAGAUUUUUAUUUGCACACUUUUAAAGAGCUCGACCAAUAUUUUCUUGGGUACUUGUACUUGGGUGAUGGAGGCCAUUGUAUUGGUGUAUGUUUUUACUGAUGAAAGAAAUAAAACUGUAUGUAAUUGCUCUUUUAUAAA